AUGUUAUCAAGAACUAAAAGGACUUUAUUACCUUUUGAAGAUGAAGCACCUCCUUUGAAGAGGUUUCAUGGUUUGUGUACACCUCCAACUUCUCCUGAGAAGAAGGAUAUAUGUGUUAAACAGGUAGCCGCCAUUGAGAAUGAUGAUGUGAUAAUAGAGCCAAGAAGGUUGGUAUUUGGUGAAUGUUCACUUUAUUCAAGGACAAAAUCGGUUUUACAAAGGUCCUCGGUUGUUAAUGUUGCGGCGCCAUGGCUUCCUACAAGAAAAGAGCAGUACUUGGCGAUUGAAAAGUUUCUAAAGGACACAAUUGCAUCAGAUCACGGGAACUCGUUGUAUAUCACGGGACCACCUGGUACUGGAAAGACGGCACAGUUAGAGCUCUUGAUGAAGAAGAAGUUUAAGGAUGACAUCGAGGGUGGAACUGAUGGGGAAUCCCGGGUGUUGGAUCAAGGUUUAGCGAACACCUUACAUUACGAAGUGGCUCCUGGAGACUAUCGAAAGGUCAGCGUGAUCACUUUGAAUUGUAUUGCAUUAAGAAGACCUGAGGCUAUCUGGUCUAAAAUUCACGAACAACUGAGUGCUGCAGGUUGUGGUGAUGGUGGCAUUAAUACUAUGGGGGGACUACAGGAGUUCUUGGAGAAGCAUCGUGAUACAGCUUUUGUUGUUGUAUUAGACGAAAUGGAUAAGUUGCUGACAUCUCGCUUGGAUGACACCAACGCCAGAAAGAUCAUAGUGGAGCUGUUUCUGCUCGCGAAAAUGCCAUCUGUGAGGUUUACGUUGGUCGGCAUUGCGAACAGCAUGGAUAUAAAGGAUCGGUUUUUGAAUAGACUAAUGUUGGCGUCAGACUUCUUGCCUCAUAUCGUUAACUUCUCCCCUUACACGUCUGAGCAAAUGUUUGAGAUCGUCAAUAGUAAAUUGAAGAUGGUGGAUGAGAGCGAAUGUAUUAUACAGCCCAUGGCCAUCAAGUUUGCUGCAAAGAAAUGCUCGAGCAACACAGGGGAUCUAAGGAAGCUGUUCGAUGUUUUAAGGAAUAGCAUUGACAUUGCGGAACUUGAGUCUAUACGCAGUAGCUCGUCACAGCCUGUGGUUCGGGUGACGUUGACGCAUGUAGCGAAGGUAUUCUCCACAUACAUGGACAACUCUUCUACAAAAUCAAGAAUUUCAAAGUUAAACAUGCAGCAGAAAAUGGUAUUAUGCGCACUAGUUAAUAGGGAGAACUAUGCUGCAGACCAAGGAAGGUGCUCAAUUGAUGACGCAUACGACUACUAUUCGAAGCUUUUGUCAUCAACUGUUGCAAUUAACCCAUUGAAAAGAAAAGAGUUCUUGGAGAGUUGUGAUGCAUUGGAGAUGUGUGGAGUUGUAUCCAUAGAAAAGGGCAAGCAUGGAAAAAAGGCCAAGCAGUUGGUCAGGUUGAUAAAAUGUACCGUUGAUGAAAAAGAGUUUCACGACGAAGUAUCAAAGGUUGAAUUACUUAAGAGAUUGAUUGUCUAA